AUGGACUGGUACCCAUCAGGAAGUGCGACGGUGAGCUUCCCAGGCAAUGACGGCGAGACACACUACAUCCACAAGAUCAACACGUGGUUCAUUGAAAAGCGUUGUCCGCUCCUGGCAAUGGCUUUCGAAGACGUCCGCUCCGGCUCACAGUUGCAUCUCGAGGCAUUAACCGGAACGACAGCUUAUCCGUUCCUGCGCUUUCUGUACACAGGCUCUUACGCCCUGACCACGGCUUCCGGCGACUGCUUCGAGGAUGUCCCAACAUCGUUGCUCUUGCACGUGCAGCUUUACCGCCUGGGUGUCAUCUUCGACCUGGCUGAGCUUCGUACACAAGCAUACGUUAACGUUCUGCGGCAAUGUGAGUUCGGCUGCUCUUCGCCAGACAAGCCAAUCGAUCUUUGUGCGGCAAUUCGAUUCGUCUACGAGCAUCUCGGCAGCCAUGAGAAACUGGCCGACGCCAUCGUCAACUACUGUGUCGCCUGUUUCCUCCGCCAUAGACUGGCAGACAAUGCGGAUUUUCGAAAUCUGGCCUACAACCUUCGCCCUUUUCACCAGGCGCUAUGCUGGAACAGUAUGCAGCGUGAGUUCGAGAAUGAG